GCAAUGUGUUACUAAGACCGGCAGCCGAACACUCGGUUCUCAGCGCCACACAGCCCCAAGACUUCUCCUGUUCACAAUGCACUUGACGGCCCUCCCCACAAUCUUCCUCUACCUGCAUAAUUGCCGAGCUAGACUCAUGCAAUCACUUGGAAUCAAGACUCUAUGCCCCAGCCAGAAAAGCCAGCUGAGCGCAGACGCGAUGGAUGCACCGAAUGCCGGCGGAAGAAGGUGAAAUGCGACCUACAGACACCAGUAUGCUCGCGAUGCACUCGGUUUCCGCGACAAUGCAAAUACGAAUCACAAUUUAUCGCUGUAAAUAGCCAGUGCAAGAGUGAUACGCGCCGACAAGGCCAGAGACGACAACAACUGCGCUCUAUUCCUGCAGUGCCGCGAAAUCAAGUCAUCCCGCUGCAGGCCGGUGUGUCGGCGCCAUCGCUGUAUCCAUCAGCCAUCCAAUCUAGACUAUCUAUUCAAUCUAUUCUUUCGGAGACAACGACGAUGAUAUUCCCGCUCGCAUCGCGCUCCUUCUCGGAUAGACUGGUCGCUUCUGCAAUGGAGACGCCGCAUCUUCUGUACGCGCUUCUUGCGACCUCGGAUAGCCACGCACGGCGCAGGAUGACGCUUACUGGGGAUGCAGAUGACACAGUAUUAAGAUUCACAAACGACGCAAUAGCCGGGCUGCGGGCGGCGCUGGCGAAUGGGGGCAAUGCACACGGGACGGCCAUGACCGCCAUGGCAUUGUGCACGAACGACGUAUGCAACGGAAAUCUAGACGUGUUUAGGAUGCACCUUGAGGGUGUGCGAGGGAUGUUGUUAUCUAGGAUUAACCGGAAUAACACCAGUGGUAGCAGUGGUCUUCUUGAUGUCUAUUUGGUCAAAUGGUUUGCGGCGCUGGACGUCUCGGCUGGACUCUCGCUGUUCCACAACAGCUCUCUGUUGGACAGUCAACUUUACCAGUCUUGUCUGCAUUUUUCAAAUGAACUCCCUCAGGCCAAUGGGUAUGUGGAUGACAUUUGCGGCUAUUCUCUGGGCCUCUUGCCGAUUCUUGCAAAGAUCGGAGAGCUCGCAAGGUUACGUUAUAACCUCUCGAUGAACACGGACGAUACUACGGCUUUAGUCCCAAAGGAUUUAGAAAUUGAUUCUCAAGCGGAGUCAAUCGAAAGACAGAUAGAGGCACUCCCACAACCAAAUUACAGACGGGAACGGUCUCAGCUGGCAGACGAACUGAAACUUUCGCACUCUGCAUUCAUUCAUACUGCCUUCCUCCAUUUACAUCGACGAGUUCAGUUGCUAUCCAAGGACCACCAAACGGUGCGGGCCGACGUGCACAAUAUAUUAGAAGCAGUGAGCAAACUUCCCGCUUCAUCGACCACCAAUAUUCUCCUUCUGUGGCCCAUAUUCAGCGCCGGUUGCGAGACAGACGACAUUACUGAACGAGGGAUUGUGGAUGAACGAAUGUCUCACAUGCAAUCCCUGGGAAUGGGGAACUUUACAAGGGCCAGAGAUGUACUCAACCGAUUUUGGAGUUCAGGAACGGAUUUGCGGUGGGAUGUAUAUCUGGCGAAGUCUGGGGUGGAUUUGGUGUUGUUUUGAUAAAUUAUAUACCCGAGAAACUCUUUCCAUUAAGUCUUGAAUACAUAUAGCAGAAGAUGCACUUUCAUGCCUUUUGUUCCUUUUUCCAAUCGGCAUACUUCCUAUAGACAUCCUUUCGGAAG